AUGUCAUCUCCCGCCCCGCUCUUAAAAAUACCUACUCCUGGUGCCAACCGCAAACAAGCACCCCGUCUUAAAUUGGGGAUCCCAGGCUCGCCCAAGUUGAACAUUGCCAAUUCAAAUGGGGCUGGAACCAACCCUGCUCCGGAUGUUCCUCAGCUUUCUCAACCAAUCCCUGCUCGUCCAGCUCCUCCCCAGCUUAGAUUAGCCACACCGAAGGGAAGUAAAGGAACUCCACAAGAAGUAAGUUCUUUGAACAAUGGACGACCAUCUAUGCACAUAGUGACAGGCGCUUCUGCGACAUCUUAUAAUGGCGACUAUGGCAACCGCUCAAGGUCAGGAAGCUUCAACACAUAUGAUGGCCGAGUCAGUGGGCCCACAUCAGCUACCUCUUCGAACUAUUCCGCCUUAUCUUUUGCCAUUGGCUUGAGACAACCUCCCGGAGGAACGCCUGAUCCCACUUCUGCCAUUAGUUCUGUAUACUCUGACCGGGGAGAUGGCGGCUUAUCAGUGGAAAGAGAUAACAGCAUGAACGGCUUGUUACCAGAUCUGGAGAAGCUGAGUUUGGAAAAAGGGCGGCCGUUGGAUGUGGAGGACCUAGAUGAUGAAGGCUGGCUGGCUGCCAGCUCUCAAAAGAAAAUUAUUGAGCUUGACAGCCUUGGUGAGGGAGCCGGUGGUGCCGUCACUCGUUGUAUGCUUAAAGGUGGAAAAACGGUGUUUGCUCUAAAGAUUAUCACCACAGACCCGAACCCAGACGUUAAGAAGCAGAUUGUUCGGGAAUUGAAUUUCAAUAAAGACUGUGCAUCGGAACAUAUUUGCCGGUAUUACGGUGCUUUUAUGGACAAAUCAACCAGCACCAUAUCGAUUGUUAUGGAAUUUUGCGAAGGGGGCAGUCUGGACAGCGUUUAUAGAGAAGUGAAGAAGCUUGGAGGACGGACGGGAGAGAAAGUUUUGGGUAAGGUAGCUGAGGGCGUACUAAACGGCCUUACCUACCUUCACGGGCGUAAAAUUAUCCAUCGAGAUAUCAAGCCUUUCUAA